AUGUGCAAUGUGUCAGUGAGUGAUGACAUCAUCACAAUCCCAAAGCCUGCUGUUCUAGUGCUUUCUGGGCCUGCUGAUCUAUGUCAGUGUUGGUGUCGUGUGUGUUGCCUACUGUCACAGCGUUUUAUCUCCCCCCCCCCCCCCCCAUUGCCUGGGGAAUUCCAGCCUGGGAUCUGUCAGUGUGGAUCCAUCAUCCUCCACUCACUCCAACUGUCACCCUGCCACUGCCAGCCGCAGAUACAGUCCAUCCGUGACACUGAUUUUGCUUUAUUAUUGGUUCGGGUGGCAUCUUAUGGC